AUGGAGCACCGAAAACGUCUAGAGAGCAAAAAGCGAUUUAGAAAGCAGAGUUCUAUGGAAGUGUUCAGAGAGGUUAGACAUGGGCCUCGUUUUGGCAAUGAGUUUCUUGAGUCUUUCAAUGAUAGCAGAAGCAGGACAACUUGUCAUCUUAAGUCUCCCAAGGUUAUUAGAAAUUGCGAUUAUGAGGUAAUGCUUGAAUCUGAGUGCAAAUUCAAGAAGAUACCAAAGCCUGCUUAUUUCAAUAGGUGGAUCAACUUAAGGGUUCCUUUCCAUGAGGUGUUUGGUGAUAUGAGGUGCAACCUAAAGAAGGCUGUUGGGAUAGCUAGAUUGGAAUGGGAGGGUCGUGCUCAUUCUGGAAUUGAUGAUGCCAAAAACACUGCUCGAUUGCUGGCAAUCUGGCAUUGA